CUCGUUUUGCACCGGGUGGCCACCAUGAAAUAAGUCGCCCCUUUCACAUCCGCUGCGUACGUUAUUCUGGCUUCCAGGAGGCCCCCCUUACCAUUCUCUUGUGUAAUUACUCGAGCAACCCAAUACCAUGUCCGAAGAGAUCAGCCCCGUUGCGGAGCUGCUUGGACUCGCAAUUUACCAUUUCGAACGCCUCAAACCCCUUCUACCGACCUACGGACACUUGCUCGUUGCAUCAUUGUUCCCUAUCUGGAUUGGCGCACACGCCUCGCUUUCUCGGCCGUCCUCUGCCGCCAAAUCUCCCAAGAAAACCGAUGAGAAGGAUGGAAAUGAUACCGACAAUGACGAGUCAGACGAUGAGGCGGGUUCAGUCCAGAAGAUGGAGGGACUGGAGCCAUCUGAUGCUCUCAUGUUCCCGUUGACUGCAGGCCUCACACUAGGAGGCCUGUACCUGGUGAUCAAAUGGCUGGAAGAUCCCGCGAUUCUCAACAAGAUUCUGAGCUUCUACUUCUCUUGGAUGGGUGUGUUCUUCGCUAUCGCGUUCCUCAAGGACUUCUUGUUGAUUGUGCGGUCGAUCCUUUUCCCGAGACACUAUCUCUCCGGUGGGAAGAUAUGGCAUGCGAAACAGUCGGAGCGUGUCUUUGUGGCUCAAUCGGUGAACAAAUCAGAGGUCACAACACAUACCCGACACUCACCUCUUCCCGGAAUAUUCGGCGCAAUCCCGCUCCCAAAGUCGAUGCUUGCAUUGCUCUGGGCUUCUCGCACCAUCUUAUACCAACGCUUACGGCUGCGGGCCCAUAUUCGUGGCCUUUUCGAUAUCAAACCUCUCGUUGGCCUCCUCGAUCUGUUGAGUGGGCUGUUCGCUCUUGCUGCCGUCGGGUACUUUGCCUUUGUGACAAAACCUUGGUGGCUAACCAACUUUUUGGGAUUCAGCUUCAGCUAUGGAGCACUGCAGUUCAUGUCACCCUCCACCUUCUGGACGGGUUCAUUGAUUUUAGGGUCUUUGUUCUUCUAUGACAUUUACUUUGUCUUCUUCACCCCGUUGAUGGUUACCGUUGCCACCAAAUUAGAUGUUCCGAUCAAGCUUCUUUUCCCUCGACCGCCGAGUCCCGGUGACGAGCCAGACGUUCAGUCAUUGGCUAUGCUGGGCUUGGGAGAUAUUGUCAUUCCCGGAAUGAUGAUCGGAUUGGCACUACGGUUUGACCUAUUCCUUUACUAUCGCCGGAAAGGAAUUCAGCAAGCGCAGCUACAAGGCCUGAGUGAGAAGAAUGUCAAGCCCCAGUAUCAACGGGCCACCGGUGCAUGGGGAGAGCGGUACUGGGCUCCAGCGGUAAAACCACAGGUACCAGAAUUCAAACCACCAUACUCGGACGCACGGUCUUUCCCCAAGGUUUACUUCAAGGCUAGCAUUGUUGGAUACGUCCUUGGAAUGAUAACUACCCUGCUCGCCAUGCAAUACUCCAACCAUGCCCAGCCCGCACUGCUCUAUCUGGUUCCUGGUGUCCUGUCAUCAUUGUGGGGUACAGCAUUCUUCCGUGGCGAGACCAGCAUCAUGUGGGAUUUCUCUGAUGCCGAGGAUGAUGAAGAGGAUGAGGGUGAAGACGAGGGGAAACGUUCUGAAAGUGAGAAGGACGACGAUACAGCCCAUAAGGAGCAGAAAACCUUCUUUGCCCGCCUCUUCUCUGGCGAUCUCAAGCUGUUCACCUCGAGCCCCAAAGAUUCUACCCCGAAAAAGGUCCAAAGUGAGGAUGACAAGGAGGAAAAUCGUGAAGAAGCAGCCGAGAGCAAGGAAUCGAUUGGAGCAGGUUCCAAGAAACAGCAGGGCAAGGAUUCCAAGGGCCAAGGGAGCUUAGACUUGAUCUCAUUCUCAAUCUCCUUCCCCGAAAAAUCUCAGAACAAGAUGAGUUCUGACUCUGCUGGGCGCGUUGCUGUGGAAGGAGCUUCAACGGUGUCUAUUCCUGAUGUUGGUGAUUGGAAUGAGGAGCCUCCACUGAAGAAAAGGCGUGGAACCCCCAGAAAGCCGGCGAUGCAUUGAUCGCCAACAAAUCGGGCUGGUACAUUUCGAAGCUUUCUAACAUUGAAAGCUCACUUCUGUAACGAUACAAUUAUCCGUUUCAUUUCAUUCCAUCUCUGGGCUGAGAUGUCCACCAACUGUCGCAGAUCCUCUGUAUCCACAGUCCAGCCUCCAUUCUUCUCCAUCUUCACGAUGGUGGUCUUCCCAUCUUUCUCCUCGUCAACAACGAUGCAAGCUCGCUCUUGAAUUAAACCCUCUUCAUACCCAUCUGGGUCUGCAAGGAUCCACCUCUCCGGGGAGGCUUUCUUGCCUGUAUUGGCUUGCUCUGCAGCAUCAGGAAUAACGUUCGCACGCCAUCCUGCCGCAGCAUCCGCCUCAAAGACACCGAACGAGCUUGCCACGGGCAAACCGCGAAGCGAAAGCUUAUGAGCAUCAGAGACACUGUCUGAGCAAACGAUAGUCUCGUUGUCGACGUCCCACCAAGCUUUGGGAAGCUUGGUAUCGCGAAGAGCGGCAAGCACAGCGGCCCAAGCGGCGUCGAAGGGGUUACCAGCAAGGGAGAUUAUCAUGAUAUCAAUGUAGAGAACCCAAAAGGCCUUGAUUUCCCGGGGUUUUUCCUCGGUACUGGCGCUCUGCCCGGCAUCCACAUCCAUCUGUUCAUCUUGGUUGUGUCGCUCUGGUUCCUCCGGUCCAAGAUUGGGCGGUUGAUACCAGACACGUAGGUCGUCCGCGCGCACUAGGCGUGUGCUGUGUAGAAGAGAGAGAAUUUGGUGGGAGAGUGACUGGGCGAGCGCAGAAGGCGCCGCACCCGGAAUGAAACCCGGCGCACAGCCGGUGCUCAAGGAGAGAUUUGGAACGAGUAGGUUGAGGUCUUCGAUAUGGGCGCGCUCAUCCUCUGGAUCUUCAUCUUCUUCUUCCUCGGUUGGCUUCUCGCCAAGGUCUGCGAGACGCCGGCGUUUAUUAGAACCUGAGGCCUGCGAGACGCUCCAUGAAGCGAUGUCUUCGGUGUGUAAGAGCUCUGCACGGACACCGCAUACAGCUGCGGUAUCGCCGAUGCGCACCACAGCGCUACCAUUCGUAUGGGUCAGAGAACCCGCAUUGGCUGAUGUGACUCGGAAUUGCGAGGGAGCGCGGCCAUUGGCGCGAAUGGAAGGUUGGUUGCUCGCCGACGGAGGAGAAAGGUGGGCAAGUAGGUAGGCGUGAGGCUGGAGGCGGGCGAAUUGUGAUGGUGGGAGCGAGAGUGAUGGCGGAACCGAAGGAGCAGCCGUUGCUGCUGGGGCGGCCAUGGUGAUGAGCUUUGAUACCCAAAUGUCUCGAGUCUUGCAGAUCGACAGGCUUGAC